UGGGGAAUAAUUGAAAUGCUUGAUAUUUAGAAGUUUGUCAUGUGUGAUGUGUUAAAUUUGACAACGAUGGCUGUCAAGCCAAGCCAUUAAGAAAGGUGAAAAAUGUAAAACGACAUUGGAUAGAUUAAAAAGUUAAGAAAACGAAGUCGAAGAAAACAGAAAACGAGUUCACCCGCCUGACCGCCAGCGUGUCUAUUGGCCAUCAUUGAUAGAAGAGAGAAAAGUUAACGAAUAGCUUAUAAGUAGAAUACUGCAAUAAAAUACAGAAUUGAAGGAAGUUAAAUAACAUUUUCGAAAGUUAUAUGAAUAGGAGUUUUCAGAAUCUGUACAACGAAUCGAAUCCCAUUUCCAAAUUAUAUAUUCUGUCAAAACGAAUCGUAAAAAAGAAAAUCGAACCAACUUAUAAUAAUAAUUUGAACGCAAUAAAAAAUUAUGGAUAUAACACCGGGUCGUGCCCCAUUUACUGAGGAUGAGGAUUAUACCCCAUUACGGAAGCCAAAAUCGGCUACAAAUACGCCUACACACGGCGCUACGUCUCUGAAUGCAAAUACCUGUGACGCAUAUGGUCGCACGGUAUCGCCAUCAAAACUAUCACCAUAUGCUAAAGAAUUUGUGCCACGCUUUGGUGGCACCGGUAGUAAUUCUGCCGCAGGCGCUCAGGAGAGAUUAGAACGACAUCAGCAACAGUACAAUCAACAAACCUAUCAACAAUAUCAUCAGCAGUCAUCGCGACCACACCGUUAUUCCAAUGGUUACCAACAGAAUAAUCAUCACAGCCAUAAUCAACAGCAAUACGGUCACCAAGUCACCUCACUAACGGCAUCCGUGCAAGAGCGUUUAAAGAUAGGAUCCGCCUCCGGUAGCAGUGGGAACAAGAAUACUGCCAAUAACUAUUAUAGCCAAAAUCAAUCACAUCAACAUCCCAGGCAUAAUAAGCAUCAUAAUCAACAUCAUGGUGGACAAGGACGCUAUCAACGUCACAAUAAUUCGGGCGCAUCAAAUUCAAAUGCUGGCAGUGGUAGCACUAACUCAGAUGUAGAGACAAUUGCACUCGACUAUUUGAGAACAGUGAUUCAAUGUCUGAAUCAAAAUCCUGGACAGUUUGACACAACUGCUACACGGUUUCUUAACAUAUUCGAGGGUAUGGAGAAUAACCAAUAUGUACUUUCAAAUGCAAUGGAGGAUAUUUUCAAUGAAUCCAUACAGAAUCCGAACUUCCGCUAUAUGGGCGCUAAGCUCUACAAUCUUUUGCAUAUGCUCAACUUGAAGAAAGACUCACUUUUCCACACAUUGCUCAAAUGCAAGUUGGACUAUCACCAGCAAGAGGUUAUGCAAUAUAUGAAGACGAAUCAGCAACAAAAAGUGCGUGAAACAGCUCUCUUCCUCGCUGAAUUAUAUAUGCAGUUGCGUGGUGAUGACACUCGCAUCCAUCUAAUUGCCGAAAAUAUAGUGUACUCACUGAAACAGCUACUGUCGAAGGAGUCUUCCGACAAUAUUCGUUGCAUUUGUUUAACACUCAAAUUAGCCGGUUAUGAUUUGACUGCAGACUGCCCAAUCGAAAUGCGUGAAAUCAUUGAGAUUUUACAAGCUGUGAACCAUAAGUCACAGGGUAAAUAUCCGCUAGCAGCUAAUGUAAUAUCUUUGCAGAAGAACAAUUGGGGACGCAAAUUGAAUUCGCCAACAGCCGAAGUUGAAGCUGCAGCUGCAGCGGCGUCCAGAGCACCAGAACCAUUACGCAUGAGCGACGAACCUAUAUUCUAUGGGCCAGAUGGGCGUGAGUUGACGGCAGAAGAAACCGAUUUCUUAUCCGAUGGUGCAGCGGCUGUGCCGGGCAGUGGUUCCACCGAUGAAGACGGCGAAGGUGGCGAUCUCGAUAUUGAUCUUGACCCAGAAAUGGAUGAGGAGACCGAAAAGGCUUACAAAGAGUUUUGCAAGCAAAAUAACGCUAGUACAUAGGUAAAGGCAACACAAUGCACUAGUUUAGUAAUGUGUAGUCGGCGGAAACCACUUGAAUAUUUUCCAAAACCGAAACAGAAUAAUUCCGCCAUAUUCAAUGUUUCCACACAUUCUUACCGAGUAAAAACAAACAAAUUUGUACACAGAUAUAUAUGAGCAUAGUGCCCUGCCAAUGUAUUAUUAAGUGUCUAGCUAAUUUCAAGGCAUAUUAUCUAAAGUUAAUGCUGUGAAAUGCUGGGCUUGAUCGAAUUAUAGUAUAUUUUCGGGGUAUGCUUUACAUUUAGGCUGAAAUUACAGUUGUCGCAUGUGAUGUUAAAGAAAAAGAUAAACAAAAACAUAAACAAAAACGUUAAUAAAUCUAUAACAAAAUGUAAUACUAAUCUAGAAUUAAAGAAAAUGAAAUGGAAGAGUUGAAGUUUGACGCCUACAGAUAAUAGAAUAGUGGAGGAGGAUCACCUAUGCGUUUUUUUGCAAAGUUAUUCAAAUGCGAUCUUUGAUGUGAUAUUAUUAAAUGCAUAUGUUGAGUUUUUUUUUUGGCGAUUUUUGAUAUGCAUGCAUUGAUUCUCAUAAUAUUUUAGUUGUUAUUGUUUCUUGCAUUGGAACAUAUGUUUUAGACAUAACCACAACACUUUACGGUAAUUGCUAGUAAAUUCCUUAAAGUGUGUUACGUACCAGUAAAUUGUCGAAAUCAUAACACUCCACAACCAAUUCUUAAUGAAAUUUUUAUAGCUAGAAAUACAUACAUUUGUAGAUUUUUCGAAUUUUCAAUAUUCAUUUUAUAUCGACCAAAUUAUUUUUUUAUUUUUGUAAUUUUAAAUUCUCAUUAAAAAAAGGACAAUGAAAACGGAACUGCACUUUGAAUACCUCGAAAUUUUCUGUCGACUCACGCAUGGUUGGCGUAAUAGUACUAACUGUAAUUUCAGCGUUUUUUCAAGUCUUUUCAAGCGGUAAACCCACAACAAAGCAACAAGUCUUAUUGAGUGUCCUUUCUUUUGUCCAGAUUUUGUCCCAUAUUUGUGUGUUAUUGGCUUCCAUGCUACCGUUUUGAUUAGACAUCUGCUAGUUUAUGAUCGUUUUAAUUGUGACAUCGUAAAUAUGACUUAAUUUUUUUUUUAUAUUACAUUAAGCAAUUUUAUCCAUUUAUUACCGUAUUGUAUGUUUAAUCUCUCUUUAAUCAA